AUAUAAAAUAAUCUAAUAUUAAAAACAAGAAAUUUGUCUGCUGAAAGAGAAUGUUCCAUUAAAGGCAAUCCUGUGGAACACACUCCAGAAGAUCUGGAUAUUAUAUAGGCCUAGAAUAUGUAUUUGUAAAAUAUAAUGUCAUGCAAUAUUUUGACAAACAGCCGACUCCAUUUUCGUUUCAACAUUAAACUUUGGUCCAUUUGUUAUUUUACGCAGGGCCUGUUAUAGCCUAUAGGCCUAGACAAACUACGUAUGAAAUAGUCUAAUAAAUUGGGCUGAUUUUGCCAUAACAUGGCCUACAUUAACAGUGAAAUGGAUUAUACGGCUGUUUAUGUGAAGCUUGUGCGUGUACUUGUAUUUUAUGCAGGCUGUUAUGACACUUUACAUAUUUGUGUGCCCAAUUAUCUGGAUCCAAAUGCAUGCUUUAUUUUAUUGAUCAAAGUCAUUAAUCUUAUCUUGCAGGCCUCUCCAUGCACCGAAAAUGUGCGUAAUGGGGAAUGUACUGUUUUUAACGGUGGAUGCAUUGAUCAAAACAAGGACAAGAGGUUGCCCAUAAGAAGUCAUGCGUCAAAAGGAAUUAAUACACGACUGGCGACAGAUUUCAUCCGUAAUUAUUUCUUUACUGUAGUGAUGGAUGACUGCAACCUGAGUUUAUAAUUGGAUAUCGUUUAGCCACGUUAACGCGUCAUGUCAUACUUUGUUGGAAACCUUUGUAAACGGCUAAUCUUUGGAUUUUUGGAGAGGGAAUCGGCUUUUUGAUUCACUUUUUUUGAUACGACUCGCGUAAAAGUUGGAAGUCUCAAUCAAAAAGUCCUAUAGGCAACUCGAAUAUAGCAACGUUUUGAAAUUGGAAAUAUAAAUUGGCUUUGAUAUUGUUUCAGUCUAUUUCCAAUUGAAUUAACCAUAAUUUAAAUAUAAGGCCAUUUCAAUUAUUAUAAUCAAAUGUAGUUUGCUGAAUUGCUCUUUGUAGGCUACUAAAUAUAAAUAAGUAACCAACAUAAAUAUAUAUUUUCACAUUCUACUCACAAUGAGUUUUCCAUUGCAGGAUUUCAUCAAGGGACUGCAACGUCGGGGGAAACGAACAUUUCCGCACGGACUUUGGUUUCCCCGUGUCCGUUUCUAGCAUGAUGUCAUACCUCAAACAGGCCCCGUACGGCAUGAACGGAAUGGGGCUCAGCGGUACGGCCAUGGACCUACUGCACCCAUCAGUGGGGUAUCCAGAUCGAAAUGGCUUCGAAGAGUUUCCAUUGACAGGUUUCUAUUCCAUUUCAGCGCAUCCGAGGAAACAGCGGAGAGAGAGGACAACUUUUACUCGCACUCAGCUGGACAUUCUGGAGUCCCUUUUCGGCAAGACGCGCUACCCAGACAUUUUCAUGCGGGAAGAAGUCGCACUGAAAAUCAAUUUGCCUGAGUCUAGAGUCCAGGUAUGGUUCAAGAACAGGAGAGCCAAGUGCCGUCAGCAGGCCCAGAGUGGAAACAAUGCUAAAGUCCGGCCGGCCAAGAAGAAGUCCUCUCCAACCAGGGAGAGCACAGGCUCAGAGAGCAGUGGUCAGUUCACCCCUCCGGUAGUGACCAGCACCGGCUCCUCUUCCUCUUCCUCUGCCUCGUCCGGUGGCUCUCAUCCCUCCGGCCAUGGAGGCCAAGGCCUGAGCAGCACUUCUACCUCCGUCACCGCCCCAGUGUCCUCCAUCUGGAGCCCUGCGCCCAUCUCCCCGGCCCCCGCACCACCCCCUGUCCCCGACCCCACUCCCCCCACCAGUGCCUCCUGCAUGCAGAGGUCUGUGUCAGGUACUGGAGGCACGUCCUCCUACCCGGUGUCCUACAGCCAGACAGCAGCGGCCUAUGGGCAGGGCUACCCCGCCCCAGCGUCAACGGGCUCCUACUUCGGAGGGGUGGAAUGCAGCUCGUACCUGGCCCCUAUGCACUCUCACCACCACCCCCACCAUCCGCACCAGCUCAGCCCCAUGACGGGCUCCUCUAUGUCUGGCCAUCCACACCACCACAUAGGGCAGACCUCAGGGCACCACCACCAUCACCACCCCCACCACCACCAGGCCUACAGCGGGGCCGGCCUGGCCUUCAACUCCUCAGACUGUCUGGAUUACAAAGAACAAACGGCCGCGGCCGCAGCCUCUUCAUGGAAACUCAACUUCAACACCACCGACUGCUUGGACUACAAAGACCAGGCUUCCUCCUGGCGUUUCCAAGUCUUGUGACUUUUUUUUUUACUCCUUUCAAAUAAGUAUUUUUGUUUCGUUUUUUUUUGUUGAAGAGCUUUUUUCUUCAAAGCAUUAAGAAGUUAACUAAUAGUAGAGACAAUUAUCAAGCCUUUUUUAAGUUAAUGUUUGGAAAAAUCAAGUAACUCACAGAUGAAAAAGCCUGUAAGGGUGGCAUCUUCUUUGACCAUUUCAUGAAUCAACUUUAGAACACGCUUGAAUUGGACCCCCUCACCCGUACUUUGGAACAUCAAGGAAUAUUUUUCUACACGUGAACUCUGAAAAUUGCCCUCCAACAAGUUCAAAGUAUGUAGUUUAUCCCUUUGAAUUAGAAUUGUUUUUUUCAGGAUGGAGCAAGAGCUCUGUGUUAUGGAUUUUCCAUAAAUAUUCCCAAGAACGACCAAUUGAGGGCAAACCUUUUGUCACAAAAUGUGUUUUAUGGAAAAAUAUGAUAUUUUAUGCUCAUGUAUUUGAUAUAGGCCUACCCAUUAGAGACCAUUUACAUUGAGAAAUUAAGAUGCUGCUAUUGUUUUCAGUUUGCUGAUAUUCAAAUUUAUGUUAAUUCCAACUUGAAUAUUGUUCAUUGUCCGGACUGUAGUGUUGUAUUUUGGAAGUUUAUUUGCAGCACUUGUUUAUAAGGUAAACUAUUUUGCUAUUGUUCUUUACGAAGAAAAUGUGAAUUAGACACGCAAUGUCAGUAUUCCAAUGAAAUAAAAAAUGUACAUUCGUGUCUUUAUAAUAAAGAUUCGUUAAAAACAUG